UCUGGAGGAUCAGCAGCGGCAUCUCAGCGACCUGCUGCCCGGAGAGAAGACGAUGUCUACGGCGGCGGAGCGAGGGGCCGCCCCCCCUCCGGACCCGGACCCCCCCGCUACUGCUGCGGGGUCCGGUGCUGCCGGGGAGCCCGACGACCUCGUGUCGGUGCCCAUGAACCUGUUCGGGACCUGGGAGAUAGACCGGUCCUCUCCGAGCUGCGUCCCCAGACUGUGCAGUUUGACCCUGAAGAGGCUGAUGGUUUUAAAGAAGCUGGGAAGAGAACUCAGCUCGGUCGUCAUUGCUGUUAAGAUUCAGGGAUCGAAGAGAACUCUGAGAUCCAACGAGUAUCUUCUUCCUCCGGACGGCCUAAUGGACACAGACCUGGAGCUCAGCUUCUCCCUGCAGUACCCCCACUUUCUGAAGCAGGAUGUGAACCGUCUGCAUGUGAUGCUCCAGAGGAGAAAGAGGUACAAGAACCGAACCAUCCUGGGCUACAAGACCCUCGCGGUGGGGGUCAUCAACAUGGCCGAGGUACCAUCCAUCCAUCCAUCCAUC